GUGCCUCCCCUGUUUUCUUCACAUGCAGUGUCUGUUCCUCUUGAUGUUUCUAAUUGAUGUCGCCUAUCCUAAGUGAGAUCCUUCUCUGUGGGUUUAUGAUAAAUUCCAGUCUCAGGCGGAGGACCCAUCUCGUUCAAUCCUUCUCCGUCGUCUUCCUUCACUGGUUUUAUGUGUUUUCAUGAGCUUGUUCUGAGAUCUGAGCACUUGGACUCUGUCCAUCUUUUCACAUAUACAGUCUCCUACUUUUCUUAUUAGUGUCAAUUCUGCUAUAUACUUUUACUAUUUAUCUAUAUCUCCACCCAAAAUCUGGCAUUAAAAUCUAAAAGACUGCUAAAAAAGAUUUAAUCUUUCACCGUAAAAAGAAAGUUUCCAUGGCUUCUCCCGGUGGCACUUCUUCAGGGUCCAGCCUGCUGCAGAACUCAGCCUCCGAGGAGGAUCUGCAGGCAGUGAUGGACCAGAAGAAGCAAAAGAGAAUGAAAUCGAACCGCGAGUCCGCGAGGCGGUCUAGGAUGCGCAAGCAGAAGCGUUUGGAUGAUCUCGCGGCACAGAUAUGCCAGCUGAGGAAGGAGAACAGCCAGAUCUUGACAUCCUUGAGUCUCACCACAAAGCACUUUUUUGCCGUGGAGACUGAGAACUCUGUCCUGAGGACUCAGAUGAUGGAGCUCAGCAGCAGGCUGCAGUCUCUCAAUGAGAUCCUCCACUGCUUGAACGGAAGCAACACCAUCAGCAAUGGCCUCUUCUGUGAUAGCAAUCAGAUCAAUAACAGCUCCAUCACUCCAUGGAACCUCAUGUGCAUGAAUCAGCAGCCCAUCAUGGCCUUAGCAAACAUAUUUCACUACUGACAGAUCAUAAUCCACUAAUGAUCUGUAUUUGUUGGUGCUUGCCAAUGAAUUGGUGUAUAUUAGCUUUUAGAACUUGUUGGACACGAAGGCAAAGAGUUGGGAGUGUCUUGAGACCUUCGGUCACAGGUUCUGGUUUGUAUAUGGUAUAUUACCUGCAUAUGCAUCCAGAACUACUGUUGUAAUAUACUUAUUAUAAUAGAUCAAAAGCCUAUGUUCUUGACAAA